AGAGGAGGGCGGUGUCUCCUGUUACGGCUUUGCCGUAAAGCGGCGCCGGCGCGUAGCUGGUAAAAAAACAAUAAUAGCAGACAAGAAUAAAAGAGUUCACUGCAAUGUGAGAAUGGCCAGUUCUUUAAGACGGGAAGUGUUGAAUCUAUACAAAAAUCUGCUGUACCUUGGAAGGGAAUAUCCCAAAGGAGCAGACUACUUUAGAAGCCGUUUGAAAGCAGCUUUUCUAAAAAACAAAGAUGUGAAAGAUCCCGAAAAAAUUAAGCAACUAAUUGCACGAGGAGAGUUUGUUAUAAAAGAGUUGGAAGCUCUGUACUUUCUCAGAAAAUACAGAGCUAUGAAACAGCGCUACUACAGUGACGACAAUCAAUAACUGGUAUUAGUGACCUGGCAUGUAAUGAUAUAAAUCCAUAAAAACAAACAAUAAAAGAGCUGCAACCUGAGAAGAAAUGAAAUGUAAAUCCUUCCAACCCAUCUAAAGUAUAAAUUAAGACUUUGCGUCCCCUUAUGUAGUCACUUGAAGGAUUUCUAUUAUAUGAGUAUUAGGUUUUUCCUCAACUACUUUUGACCUCCUUGAACUAAAAUUCUAUGUAUGAAAACGAUUUUGCAGGAAGUAGUGGCAACAUGACUUGUUUCCCCAAAAAUAAGACUUAGGCUGAAACUCCAGACUCCGUUCUGUUUCACUUCGAUAUCGAUGUUGAACAGCUGUGCUUUUGUUAGCUGAUAGCUGCGUGUUUGAGUACUGAUUCAAGGUGCUACACUUCUCCUGUAACUUAAGAGAUUCCUCUGAUUUUGAAAGUCUUCCACAUUUAAUGAUUCAUUUCCACUGUAAAUGAGCACCUUCCAAAAAGUAAAGUAAAUUAUUAAAGACUUUAACUACAUCUGCUUACUGUGCAAGAGCCACAUUGGCAGGCUAGCAGGACUGCUGUCUUACUCUGUCAGAAAGAAGACUACGGUGUCAGGAAAGGUGAAUAUGAACAAUAUUGGUCUAAGCACCAAAGACAAUUCCUGCUGCUGCUGAUUUCUGAUGUUGUGUAAUCACCGUAGCAGGAAAACAGAACUUGACCCUUUUCUCCUGGAAUAAAAGUUUUACUGUGGCUGUUUGCUCCAUGGCAAAGUCUGUGGACAAGACAAACUUGUGCCAGAACUGAUACUCUGCACAUACUAUGGUUUGGGGAUUUUCUUUUUCCCCCCACAUAACUGAUACUGGAGAUAGGACAAGAAUAAUCUUUGAAAUAUAUAGAGGUACUCACUGCAGAAGAACUGUUGGCAAUAGCAACCGUCUUUACACAUGUAAAUUCCAGAACAGAAUAAAAAAAAGUGGUGGCAAAUUAAGACAGCGUGCUACCUUGUGGUGAAUUGUAUGUGCUUCAGUUUCUAGCACAUUUAUGUGAAAAAUGGUCUUUCCACUUCAGCUUAACUCCUCUACAAUAUGUUGCACUGAAACCUAUUCUGAACUAAUACUUCUAUAUACAAAAUUUAACCUACCCUCCUCAGAUAAAAGAUUAUCCAGACAUGGUAACAAAGGGUCAAAGCGUAGACAUGGUAACAAAGGGUCAAAGUUUAUAGAACAGUAACAGUUUCAUGUUUCCCCCCCGCGUUGGACGCCAUCAUUACUAAAAAAUGCCUUUCGUAUUUUCUGUAAGUCUAUGGAAGGCAUUUGAUAGAAGAAAACAAACGUGCACCUGGGAAUUAUGACGGAAUAGCAAUUCAGAGUCUUUUAAACUUGUGGACUAAUUUACAUCAAGUCUGCUGUGAGACUGAUGAGAACGAGGUCUCUUGGGCACGGCUGGAGAUGGUGCAGCCAAGCAGUGAGCACCAGUGAGUGAGGCUCUGCCCGGCGCAGAACACUAAACCCGCACGGACCAGAGGGGAUGGAUCAGGACAAUAAAGUGUUUUGUCAAAGCGCGGCAGCCCCCCUCUCACGGGAAGGGAACACCAGUGGGCAAAGACAACCGCUUUGUGACAGGCAACGAGAAGUACAAGAAAUAAACGGAGAAUAACUGCCAAACUCGUGCAAUUCACAGGAUAUUCCAUUACAGAGAUGAGACGCUGAAAUUCUUGGAGACAAAGCAAACUGGGAGAGAAACUCACAAUAGCUAUUUUUUAUUACAUUACAAUAAAUAGGAGCAGUACAGUUUGACAAAAAAAAUUUCAAAUUCCAGAUCACCUCACAGCACAUACUCCUAAAAACAUUAAAAACUUUAAAACAAA